GCGGCAUGGAGUCCCUUUUCCCUGCUCCGUUCUGGGAGGUCUUCUACAGUGAUCACCUACAAGGCAACCUCUCCCUCCUGAGCCCCAACCACAGCCUGCUGCCCCCGCACCUGUUGAUCAAUACCAGCCAUGGCUCCUUCCUGCCAAUGGGGCUCAAAGUCUCCAUAGUGGGGCUCUACCUGGCCGUGUGCAUAGGGGGACUCCUCGGGAACUGCCUCGUCAUGUACGUCAUCCUCAGACACACCAAGAUGAAGACAGCUACCAAUAUUUACAUCUUUAACCUGGCACUGGCAGACACUCUGGUCCUGCUGACGCUGCCCUUCCAGGGCACAGACAUACUCCUGGGCUUCUGGCCAUUUGGGAAUGCUCUGUGCAAGACAGUCAUUGCGAUCGACUACUACAACAUGUUCACUAGCACUUUCACGCUCACUGCGAUGAGUGUGGACCGCUAUGUAGCCAUCUGCCACCCAAUCCGUGCUCUCGAUGUCCGGACGUCCAGCAAAGCCCAGGCCGUCAACGUGGCCAUCUGGAUGCUGGCCUCCAUCAUCGGCAUCCCUGUGGCUAUCAUGGGCUCCGCACAGGUUGAGGAUGAAGAGAUCGAGUGCCUGGUGGAGAUCCCUGCCCCACAGGACUACUGGGGGCCGGUGUUUGCCGUCUGCGUCUUCCUGUUCUCCUUCGUCAUCCCUGUAGUCAUCAUCUCCAUCUGCUACAGCCUGAUGAUCCGGCGCCUGCGUGGAGUCCGCUUGCUCUCGGGGUCCCGCGAGAAAGACCGGAACCUGCGGCGCAUCACACGGCUAGUGCUGGUGGUGGUGGCUGUGUUUGUGGGCUGCUGGACGCCUGUCCAGGUCUUCGUGCUGGUCCAGGGGCUGGGAGUGCAGCCUGGUAGCGAGGCUGCUGUGGCCCUGCUGCGCUUCUGCACAGCACUGGGCUAUGUCAACAGCUGCCUCAAUCCUGUGCUCUAUGCCUUCCUGGACGAGAACUUCAAGGCCUGCUUUCGAAAGUUCUGCUGCUCCCCCACCCUUCGCCGGGAGACCCAGGUGUCCGACCGAGUACGCAGCAUCGCCAAAGAUGCGGGCCUGGCCUGCAAGACCUCAGAGACAGUGCCUCGGCCCGCAUGACUAGGCGUGGACCUGCCCCUGGUGCCUGUCAGCCCGCAAAGCCCUUCUACGCCCAACACGGAGCUCACACAGGUCACUGCUCUGUAGGCUGGCA